AUACAUACAUACAAUGAAACACAAUUCAGAGACAAAAAGAAAAGGGGGGGAAGACAAACAUCAAGGGAAAGCUAGAGAAAAGAGGUGGGUUUUAAGACGUGAUUUGAAGGAGGUGAGUGAGUCAGAGGUACGGAUGUCAGGGGGGAGGGCAUUCCAGAGUUUGGGGGCGGCAACUGAGAAGGCGCGGUCGCCAAAAGAACGGCGCUGAGGGGAUAGUGGUGAGGAGGCCAGUAGUGGAUGAACGUAACUGUCUGGGUGGCUGGUAGGGGAGCAGGAGAUCAGAGAGGCAUCGCUGCGGACAUGACCAUCCCUGCUGCACUUCUGCUGCUGUGUAACGUCACCUUCUCCUGGGGCCUGGAAAUCCCAGGUAGUGCGGAUCUGCGGGAGGACGUAGCGCCACAGGAAGUGCACUUUGAGUCGUUAGACUACCGGAACGUUCUACGCUGGGAGCACCAUGGCCAAUCUCUUGGGAACCCACAGUACUUUGUUCAGUACAAAAUCUAUGGGGAAAAGCACUGGACCAACGCCACUCACUGUCAAGGUAUCAGAGAACUUCACUGUGACCUGAGCCAGGAGAUGUCAGAACUCAGGGAGUGGUACUACGCCAGGGUGCAGGCGGUUCUCCACGGGGCCCAGUCCUCAUGGACCCUCAGCCCCAGGUUCAACUCACACUGGGAGACUUCCGUCAGCCCUCCCAAGGUGAAGAUGCAUGUGACGGAGCAAGGCAUUAUGGUCCAACUUCGGCCUCCAAGCUCCCCCUACAGGAGACGAAACGGCAGCCGGAUAGCUGUGAGGAAGCUGCAGAGACUGCUGUACAGAGUAUACCUCACCCACAAUGGCAUCGUACAGGAACAGCAUGACCUGGAGGGCUGUGUCAGGAAGGUCCUCAUCACGGAUCUGAAACGCAGGACCACCUACUGCCUCCAGGCCGAAACCCACAUCCUGCUGCUGGGCCGGCGGAGCGGGAAGAGCCAGGCCGUCUGCGUCACCACGCCCUGAGAGGAAGGAUCCGCUACCUGUACAGACCUCUGACUUCCUUCUUCACUUCCUCCACCCUCAGGAAGAGGAAGAGCUACUUCUGAAUUUCACCGCUGUGCAGAAAACUUCACAUUCACAUGAAAAUGAUCUGGAAGCAUGUAUGCAGGGAAACCCUAAGUUCUGCAGGAAGGAAACACUUGAGACCUCAGGGAUUAUGUGGAUAAUGCACAAAUAAUUAAUUAUGUGGAUUAUCACUUUAUUGCCAGGUGGGUGUGGCUACAGCGAGACGAGAUUAAAUGCUGUUGACAUUUUGGUGCUUUAUGUGAUUUGUAAUAUUCAGAUUACAAACAUGAAUUACUUAAAUUAA